UAUCAAACACACACACAUUUCAUCAAAUUUAGUCCUGUAUCAAGCAAAACCAUGUGGUCUAUAAUAACGAAUCCCAUUAAAACCAUCAUUUCAAAUAUCAUACACCAUGCCAUCCAUAAAGAUUUCCAUGCAGCAGUGGCAAAAAUGUCCAUCAUAGAUGCUUUUCUCUUCCUUAUUGUACACUCCAUUGACAAGUUGGGAAUAUGGCACCGUUUACCUGUUUUCUUAGGGCUAAUAUACUUGGCAAUUAGGAGACAUCUUCACCAAGAGUACAAUCUCAUCAAUGUUGGAACAACACCUGUAGGGGUUAGGUCAAACCCUACUGAUUUUCCAUACAGAACUGCUGAUGGAAGAUAUAAUGAUCCUUUUAAUGAAAAUGCUGGAAGCCAAGGAUCUUUCUUUGGCAGAAACAUUCUCCCUGUUGAUCAGAAGAAAAAGUUGUUGAAACCAGACCCAAUGGUGGUGGCAACAAAACUUCUAGAGAGGAGAACAUAUAAGGACACAGGGAAGCAAUUCAAUGUGAUUGCAGCAUCUUGGAUUCAAUUUAUGAUACAUGACUGGAUAGAUCAUAUGGAAGACACUCAGCAGAUUGAACUCAUUGCACCAAGAGAAGUUGUAAACCAAUGCCCACUUAAAUCUUUCAAGUUCUUCAAGACAAAGGAAAUCCCAACUGGCUUCUAUGAGGUCCAGACCGGACAUGCAAACAUCCGUACACCUUGGUGGGAUGGAAGUGUGAUAUAUGGAAGCAAUCAAGAAGUUUUGGACAAAGUGAGGACUUUCAAAGAUGGUAAAAUCAAAAUAUCAAAGGAAGGUGAACUUCUUCAUAAUGAAGAUGGAACAGCAAUUUCAGGUGACAUUCGUAAUAGUUGGGCUGGUGUCACAACUUUGCAGACCCUUUUUGUUCUAGAACACAAUGCUGUGUGUGAUUCUCUUAAGAAGGAAUACCCAGACUUGGAAGAUGAAGAUCUUUAUCGCUAUGCUAGACUGGUAACUUCAGCUGUGAUAGCAAAGAUUCACACCAUAGAUUGGACUGUGGAGCUUCUUAAAACUGACACUUUGCUUGGAGGCAUGCGCGCCAAUUGGUAUGGAUUACUGGGAAAGAAAUUCAAGGACACAUUUGGGCAUUCCGGAAACUCCAUAUUGAGUGGAUUUGUGGGCAUGAAGAGAGCAGAAAAUCAUGGUGUUCCAUACUCUUUAACUGAGGAAUUUGCUAGUGUCUAUAGAAUGCAUCCACUCCUGCCUGAUUUCCUGCACUUGAGAGACACAUCUGCCUCUCCUGGGCCUAACAAAUCUCCGCCAUUAAUCAAAGAGAUUCCUAUGAACGAUUUGAUCGGACUACAAGGAGAGAAGACCUUGAUAGAGAUAGGAGUUCAAAAACAAUUGGUAUCAAUGGGUCACCAAGCUUGUGGGGCCCUAGAACUUUGGAACUAUCCAUCAUGGCUCAGAAACCUAGUACCACAUAACAUGGAUGGCACAGAAAGAUCUGAUCAUGUGGACUUAGCUGCUCUUGAAAUUUACAGGGAUAGAGAGAGAGGUGUAGCAAGAUAUAACCAAUUCAGGAGAGGACUAUUCAUGAUACCUAUUUCUAAAUGGGAAGAUUUAACAGAUGAUAAGGAAGUUAUAAAAGUAUUGGAAGAGAUAUAUGGUGAUGAUGUUGAGGAGCUUGAUGUGCUUGUAGGUCUCAUGGCAGAGAAGAAGAUAAAGGGUUUUGCAAUUAGUGAGACAGCUUUUUUAAUCUUCCUUCUCAUGGCAUCUAGGAGGCUAGAGGGUGAUAGAUUUUUCACAAGCAACUACAAUGAGGAGACAUACACUGAAAAGGGUUUGAAAUGGGUGAACACAACUGAAACCUUAAAGGAUGUGAUUGAUCGUCACUACCCAAAAAUGACAAACAAAUGGUUGAAUGCUUCAAGUGCUUUCUCUGUUUGGGAUGCACCACCAAACAAACACAACCCUAUUCCAAUUUACUUGCGUGUUCCUAGUUAAUCAAUUUAAGUUAGCAUUAUAUCUAUGUUGUAUUUGUGUUUAUACAUACACAUUUAUGUUUAUGUGUAUGUAUUGGUGUUUAUUUAUUUGUUGAUUUGUAUCUUUCAAAAUAAUCAUCUGUCCGUUCAAGAAUAAAAUCAUGUUUUGUAUUUCA